AUGUCGACAAGCAAGUAUGAGAGCAUCAAAAUUCCAAUUCUGAAGAAAGCUGAAUAUUCAACUUGGAAGGUGAAGAUGCUGAUGUACCUGGAAGCUAUAGAUCCAUUAUACCUAGAAAGGAUUAAAGAUGGUUUGUUCGUUCCUACAAAAAUUGUUCCACAAGUUGGCACUGUACCUGAACACUUUGUCAACAAAGAAAAGAAGGAAUUCUCUGUAGAGGACAAAGCAGAAGUUCACAAAGAUGCAAAGUUAAAGAAUAUUCUUCACAACAGUCUUGAUAAUGUAAAGUCUAACAGAGUGAUUGCAUGCAAAACUUCAAAAGAAAUCUGGGAUACUUUAGAGACUCAGUGUCAAGGAAUUGUGUCGAUCAAGAAGAACAAGAGAGCUUUGUUGGUACAUGAGUAUGAACAAUUUGAGGCAAAAGCUGAUGAAGGCCUCACUGAUGUGUAUGACAGAUUCCUCACUCCGCUAAACAAUCUGUCCCUGAAAAACUCUCUCUGGAUCCAGCAAAGAAAGAACAGUAAAAGCAGUAAAGGGAAAUAUGUUGCCUUGAAUGUGGAAACAAAGCCACCAAAGGCAAAGGCUGUGGAGGUCUCUAUGAGGAAACCUGUCAAGGUAGAAUCAGAUAUUGAUGACUCUCCAUCAGAUACUGAUGAAGAUACUGGCAACAAUACUGAUUCUGAUAUCAAAAAGAUGGUUGCCUUGCUUGUCAAAGGAAUCAAAAAGAUGAAAUAUAAGAAUUCACGAAGGCAGAGCAAGUUCAUCAAGAGAUCCUAUGAUGCCGGAAAGGACAUGUACAAGAAAAGGGAUGACACUGACAGCAAGAGAAGAAAGGUUGAUAUGACCCAAGUCAAAUGCUAUAACUGUGACAAGGUGGAACACUUUGCUGCAGACUGCAAGAAAACAAAGAAGAGCAAAGGAAUAUCACUUAUCUCUUCAAGCAAGGAUUGGAUGGACUCCUCUGAUUCUGAAGAAGAAGUGAUCAACUAUGCACUCAUGGCAAAUGCUGAUGAAUGUGUCAAUCCUGAAAAUGCUUCUUCUAGUAAGGUAUACAACCCUAUUUGUGACUUUGAUACUGACAAUAUCUCUGAGUUGAAAUCCUUUCUAAAGUCUUUACAUAUUAGCUUUAGAACUCAAACUACAGAAAACACUAGGAUAUUAUCUGAGAUGUCAGAUCUUAAGAAAAAGAAUGAUCAUCUAGAAAUAGAGUUAGUCCUUAUGUUAGAAAUCAAAAAGGAAUGUGAAAAGGCUAAAUAUAGUGAAGUUUUGAUGACAGCCAAGUAUGCUAAUAAUAAAUAA